AUGAAUAUAAUGUUUUUGUUUAUUAAAAGUGUAAUAAACUUUUUUGCCAGAUGCUUGACAGGCAGCUAUGACCGAACGUGUAAAGUUUGGGACAUUGACAGUGGAGCGGAGCUUCUUACUCUCGAAGGCCAUAAGAAUGUGGUCUACACCGUGUCCUUCAACAACCCAAUCUCAAUUCAUUGUUGGAGAAAUAAAUUUAAUUACUCUAUAUUAAAAAAAGAAAAAAAAUUUGUAUUGAUCGUAAUUAAUUACCCCUUUUUUCUCAGGGACAAAAUCGUAACCGGUUCCUUUGACAACACUGUGAAGGUUUGGUGUUCUCGAACAGGGCAUUGCUUUCUAACUAUGUGGGGACAUAACGCUGAAGUAGUUGUUGCUAGAUUCUCGCCCAACUGUAACAGAAUUGGAACAGGUUCUUUAGACAUGACGUCCAAGAUAUUUGACUUGACAACAGGUGAAGAAUUAGGAACGUUAAGAGGCCACACGGCAGAAAUAAUCGCUUUACAAUUUAAUAAUGAUGGAAAUCAAAUGAUAACUGGCUCCUUUGACGGUACUGUCAGUAUUUGGGAUGCGAGGACUUUCAGGUGAGUUCUGAAUCUCCAUUUAAGUCCAUUAUUUACAGUCCAAUGUGUAGUUGCAGAAAGGGAAAAAGAAACAAACCAAAAUGUGACAAUCAGAAUGUAACAAUAGAGCUACCAGUCUUUUCAACGUUUAAAUCAACUUAAGAAAAAGUAUUUUUAGCAGUAAAAUAUAUAAUAGUAUCUUUAAUUCUCAGAAAAGAGGUCGAGCUCUGUUCAUUUUAG